UAAGGAGUCGAUUGAUUUUAUUUUCACUUAACAAAGAAAUUGGGUUUCUGCUCAUGGUCACAAAGAAAAUGUCGUUGUUAUGGAGCUGCUUUGGAUUGUUAGUGGCGCUAGCAGUACAUUGUACUGAAGCUGAAGUCCGCCGUUGGUGUUACUAUACAAACUGGUCUCAAUAUAGAACUGGACUGGCAAAAUUUGUACCAGAAGAUAUUGAUGCAAACUUAUGUACACAUAUAUCAUAUGCGUUCGCUGCUCUUAAGAAUGGGAAGUUAGCAACGUUUGAAUGGAAUGAUAAUGAUAUGUACAACAGAGUUAACAGCCUAAAGACAUCACAUCCAAACUUAAAAACAUUACUUUCAGUCGGAGGCUGGAAUAUGGGAUCUAUGCCAUUUGUCAAUACUGUUGUCACCGAAGGAACACGCAGGUCUUUCAUUGGAUCAGCCAUAGAUUUUCUACGCCGCAAUGAUUUUGAUGGCUUAGAUAUUUGCUGGCAGUAUCCUACAUCAAGAGGAAGUCCUGACGUCGAUAAAGAAAGAUUUUCAAUGUUACUCAAGGAAAUGCGGGCUGCUUUUGAUGAAGAAGGCAAGCGAACAAACCGUGCUCCUUUGCUCAUUGGCGUUGUUGUGGGCUCAGAAGAUCGUUUAGUUGAUAGAGCAUAUGAUAUUGACACCUUAAACACAUCAGUAGAUGCGGUUUCCCUGUUAACCUAUGAUUUCUAUACCCCUGGAACCUUUAAGCAUGCUGCUCAUACAAGUGCCCUCUAUGCAGGAAAGAGUUCAGUGGGACCCGAUAUGAUGAAAAAUGUUGAAUGGACUGCUAACAAUUGGGUCAAUAAAGGUCUUUCAAAACACCUUAUCAACAUUGGAAUAGCGUUCUAUGCUCACUCCUACCUGCUUGAGGAUGCUAGCAAUCAGAAGGAAGGAUCACCAACAUCCAAAGCUGGUACAGCUGGACAAUAUACAAGACUAGAUGGCUUUCUAGCUUACUAUGAGGUAUGUCAGAUUAUGAGUAGAUCAACGAAAUACUACUUACAAGACAAAGGCGUUCCUUAUCUAGUUGAUGGAUACCAGUGGGUCGGAUAUGAAGAUGAACGUAGCGUUGCAUUGAAGGCGAAGUUUGCUCUUGACAAUAAAUUUGGUGGUGUCAUGCUCUGGGCUUUCGAUGUAGAUGACUUCAAAGGAAUAUGUAACACUCAAAAAGUUUACCCACUUUUAAAGAGCGUGAACAAAGUGCUUAAUGGAGGAUCAAUCCCAACUCAAACUACAAUAAGUCCUGUAGAUGUAUGCAAAGGUAAAUCUGGAAGUUAUCCAGACCCAGUCUCAUGUAAGAGCUUUUACAUAUGCACGAAUGGAAAAGGGUUUAUUGCCUUCUGUCCUCCUAAUCAGUUAUUCGAUCAUGUUUCAAAUAGUUGUGUUGAAUCAUCUCGGGCCAAAUGUUCAUGAGUUUCUCCAAGAAGACCACGAAUCAAUCUUGGAAAUUAAUAAAUUUGAGAGUUUUUAUCAAGGAUUACCCAUAGCAGGAAAUUUUAUUUCCAGUCUGUUGGUAAAAUAUUGUAUUUAAUAAAAUAUAGUAUUAAAUUUUAUGAAUAUUUAAAAUGCA